AAUUGAAACUGACCUAAAGCUCUUUUUUUUUUUUUAAAGUUAGAUCCAAUUAUUGCUGACUUAAGUAUCGGAGUGUCUACCCCGAGGACCCACCUUGAGGCUUUGCAAGUUCAUCUGGAGUGAAGACAAAGACUGAAAAAGCACUUUUGGUUAGGUGCAAUUACAUUGGCGUCGUCUGUGGGAAUCUGAAUUAAAAGCUCUUUUGUUGCUUUCUCAUCAUGGUCAACACUCGAUUUGUCCGAGCUGGAAGUCAGGCUCAACCUUUUGGGCAAGAAGAAAGAGAUGAAAAUCAACCUCACGACUCAGCUCACAAUUCAGCCCCCACCCUUAACCAAGGAGAUGUAGUCGCAGCUCAGCUUAUUGCCAUACAACAGCAGUUUAGUGUCUUUAAUGAGUCUCAUGGUCAGUCUCACAUAGCCCCAGCUAAGCAACAUCUACCUGAUGAUGUCACACGAUGUCUGGACAAUUUAGAAAAAAUGGUAACCGAGCAGCGAGGUGCCCCACCUCCCCACCAUAACAUUGAUUCCAUACCUCAUCCUCUAAACACUAAUAUUACAUUGGAACCUUAUCCUACUGGUUUCAAAAUACCCCAACUCAAGACAUAUGACGGAAUGAAGGAUCUGGAUGAUCACCUCCAUGCCUUUUAUUCUUGUAUACAAGCUCAGAACGCCUUUGAUGCGUUGAUGUGCAAGAUCUUUCCUUCCACUCUUCGUGGUAAUGCUCGAACCUGUAGAAGGUUGAUUAGGAAAACCACUUCUGAACUGAUGCGAGUCAAACAGGGGGAAAGGGAAUCUUUGAAGAAUUACAUGAGCAAGUUCAAUGAUGUAGUCCUCGAAGUCAGCUCAUUCAACCAAGCCAUGGGAAUUGUGGCUGUAAUUCAAGGUCUCCAACAUGAGAGACUAGAUCAAGCUCUAUUGAAGAGGUACGAUGGUCCCAUAUAUGGAUUCAAUAACCAACCUGUUAAGGUAGAAAGAGUCUUUACCCUUGAUGUUGCUUUUGGGAGUGGCCGAACUUAUGUUACGCCCUCAGUUCGGUUUCUAGUUGUCGAAAUGGCUUCCUCUUUCAACACUGUUAUUGGACGACCUAUGUUAACCAAGAUUCGCGCUGUGGUCUCUCAAUCUCACCUCUAUAUGAAGUUGCCAACCCCUAUGGGGAUAACAACACUACGAGGUAACCAGGCGGUGGUUAAACAUUGUUAUAUUACCUUGGUUACAAGGCCUCAGAAAGGCAAAAAUCAAACAUCAAAAAUCAUUCCCCAACAAGUUCAUGAUAAUCAACAGGUGAUGGGGGUAGAGAUAGUAGACAACCGACCUGAAGAUGAAACUAGAGCUACCCCAGUUGAAGAUGUAAAGGAAGUGCAACUUGGUGAUAGAGAUCAAAACAGGAAGACACAAAUCGGCACUCGGUUGAACCCAAAAGAAAGAGCAGAGCUAAUAGCUUUCCUCUGAGUUAACAAAGAUGUGUUCGCUUG